UGGCGCUGGACGCUGGUACGUUCACGGGAUCCAGCCCCGUACUAUUAUAAAACGGGUAUAACAUAAAUUGCAAAACCUGCUUUGUAUCUUUCCCUGUCGUCUGUACCCUCAGGCAGCAUGGCUUUGAUUUCGCGCAAUCCUGCCAUCAGGCGUCUUGUCCAUGUCGUCACAGAUGUGAUUGAGCCAUCAAACUACAAGAUGCUCCACGCCAUACUUUCAGCUUCGCCUGGAUUGCCGGACUCGGCCAUGUCAACCAAGCAGCUAGAGAUCAGGGUCGAGAUGCUACCGACGGAAUGGGCUGGGGAGGCUGACCGUGGUGGGUGAUGGUAACGGGGGUGGUGGAACGUAGGGGCGCCUUUUUGCUUGUGCUCUCUGCUAUGCUAUUUAUCCCGGGCUGUUGCUGCUGCGCGUGGGCUUUCGGAUUUUCUUUUUUGGGGGUUUUCUCUCUUUCGAUUGGGAGGCCACGCGCAAUGCCUUGUAAGCUUGCUGCCAGCACCAAAUGAGACUGGUGGCAUUCAUAGAUGGACGUGACUGAUACAUUACCGCGACACACUCUGCGU